AUGCCCGAGGACGACAAGUACGACGUGCUGGAGAAGAUUGGCCAUGGCUCCUUCGGAAUCAUCCGCAAGGUCAGGCGCAAGACAGAUGGCUAUAUCCUCUGCCGGAAAGAGAUCAGCUACCAGAAGAUGUCGCCAAAGGAACGCGAACAACUCCAAGCCGAGCUGUCCAUCCUCAAGGAACUCCGACACCCAAACAUCGUCGCCUACUUCGAGCGUGACCACAUCAAGACGUCCCAAGAUCUGCACUUGUACAUGGAAUACUGCGGGAAUGGCGACUUGGGUCGCGUGAUCCGCAACCUCAAGAACAACAACCAGAUGUGCGAGGAGGAGUUCGUAUGGAGCAUAUUCAGCCAGAUCGUCAGCGCGCUGUACCGCUGCCACUUUGGAGAAGCACCGCCAGACGCUGGUCCUUGUGUCAUGGGACUGGGCGCGAAUGCGAAGCCUGCUCGUGACCCCCGCAAGCCCAUGAUCCUUCAUAGAGAUCUUAAGCCUGAGAACAUCUUCCUCGACGAGGCCAACUCCGUAAAGCUGGGCGACUUCGGCCUCUCCAAAAUUCUCUCAUCCCACGACUUCGCCUCUACCUAUGUCGGAACCCCAUUCUACAUGUCGCCAGAAAUCUGCAAGGCGGAGCAGUACGGCCCGCACUCGGACAUCUGGGCCUUGGGAUGCAUAAUAUACGAGAUGUGCGCAAAAGCGCCACCAUUCAACGCGAAGACACACUUCGACCUGAUCCAGAAGAUCAAGUCAGGCCGCUACCCAGACAUACCCGCAUGCUACUCGGCGGAGCUCCGCAAGGUCAUUGCGAGCUGCCUGCAGACCGUGCCAGACCACCGACCAGAUACCGCCGCACUUUUGAACCUGCCCAUCGUUAAGCUUAUGCGCAAGGAGCAAGAGGUUGUUAAGCUCGGCCAGGACCUCAAGGACCAAAAGGCGCAGGCCAUACAGCGAGAGAAGCAGGCUGCCGAAACCAUUACCCGCAUGCGAAAAGAGAUCGACGAUCAGCUGCGACGAGAGUGGGAAGUGAAGGCACAAUUGGAGAUUGAGCGACAAGUAAAGAUCCAAACAGAGCAGCGAGUCCAGCGAGAGCUUGGCCUCUUACAGUCACGCUUCGAAGACGAGGUCAACAAACGGGUAGAUAUGGCCCUUAAGAAGUUUCCUAACCGUCUGAGCACAUCGCCCAAGCUCGCGCCUCGAUCAAAUACGCCCAUCAUGUCGAGUUCCGAGCAAGGUGUGCUCUUCCCUGCAGAGGCAGACACAACCAUCAUCAAUGGCUCCACGAGCACGCUCGGCACCAACUCGGACUUCGCCAGCGGCACCGACAUGUCUUCCCUAUCGCUGGAAGACUCUACAGACGACACUAUUACCGCUGCAAAGCCGGUGAAGGCAGCUAAGCCAGCGAGGCGUCCUCGCCAAUCUCUUGCCCGUGCGCAGACCUUCGCUGUUGCUCCUGUACCUGCGUCGCCCAUGGACAUCCAGAUGGCGGAUCAGUCUCCAGCACCAGCUUCGCUCGCCGGUCUAUCGCUCUCUCCUCGCCGCAACGCACCACAAGCUCGCACGAACAUCUUUGCCGCAGCUAGCAAGAAGUGGGAAGCCGAGCUUCCCCCAUCGCCGUCUACAGAAUGGCCAGGCUUUUUCGACGAUGACGACCUGCCCGUUCUGCCAUCCCCCACCCGCGCCCGCAGCGCCUCAGGCGGCCGCCUAGUCCACAACGACGACCCCUUCAAGCAGCUUGCUUUCGCCCAGCGUCCUCUCGUCAAGCAGAACCAGCGCCUGGGAAGCACGCCCAACCUCACAAAGCCCCGUCCCGUCUCGUGCGUCCCGGUCAUCGCAACCUCGCCAACGCGCCCCAAGUCCCGCUCCGCCGAAGCCCUCUCAACAUCUCCCCGGAAGAACGGCCUCGCAGCAAAGUCCGCGCCGCAAAACGGUGCUCUGCCCACCAAGCGCGGCAACGAAGCUAUCCGCAUCCAAGCAAUGCGCAACAACACCGGCGUCCAGGGCCGCACCCUCGUUGAGCUGCAACAAGCCCGCGGCAUCCCCCCCAGCGCCAUGAGCGAAGACGAGGGCAGGAAGGGCUUCGGCUUCGGCCUGCAGGCCUGCCCGCACCGCCCCGUCUGGGAUCCCGAGACCGAGCUCGAAAUGCCGAGUCCCUUCAUCGUGCGCACGAAGAAGAUGGUCCGGUGA